AUGCUUUCUACUUUCAAAAGAGUUAUGAUGAUUCCUUACUUUGUAAAAUGUUUUAGAAACAAGACUGCAACAAUUGCUGACCUUAUUGAAUCUGCAGAUCUAACCUGUGAAAAUGUGCAAGCCCCUUCUGUAACCCUCAUGAGCAGUGCGGAAUCUCUGGACAGUUCCAAUCUUAUCCAUAUCGCAUGUUUGGUAACUGGUUUUUAUCCCCCAGUUAUAGAGGUUACAUGGAAGGUGGAUGGACAAACAGCCCCAGGAGACAUUAUUGCAGGACCUACUCAGUCAGAAGAAGUUUUGGCUCUGGCUCAUGCAACCAUGGGCAAAGUGAGCUCAAACUUCAAUGACUGUCUUGGUCAGUUCUACGGUAGUACGCCCCCUGUGGGAUUCACCACCCUGCAAGGUACCAUCACCCCUAUCUGCCAGAUGUACGAUAACUACAACAAUCCUUUCUUUGCAUCACUGUAUCACGAGGGUUACCGAUACCCUCUGUACUCUGCCUAUAUACUGGACAUCCGACCUGGUGCUGCUACAGGAGCCAGUCAGACCUUUCGUCUAGAGCCACAGCUGGUGGACAUCAAGCUUCUCCCACAACAAAUGCUUCAGCCUCAGACGGAAACAGCGAUACGCAACCUCGGCCUCUCAGAUCCUGUUAAGCUCAUAAAAAACACCCAAGCCAUCAACUCCGAUUAUACAGGAAGUAACUACCACAAGGGCCACCUAAACCCUAACGCUGACCACCCUGAUGGGCCCGGGCAACUGGUCACCUAUACCCUGACCAACAUAGCGCCCAUGCAUGGGCCUCUGAACAGCGGAACUUGGCGGGCCAAUGAGAUGAAAGUGAGGCAUAUUGCGGCCACCUGUGACAAGAUGUAUGUGAUAACCGGUGUGGUGCCAGGAAACAACUGGAUUCCGAACAACAUCAACCAAAGAGUCAACAUUCCCAGUCACAUCUGGAGCGCCUUCUGCUGCCUGAACAACAACAACCAGCCAAUCAAAGCUGAAGGGUCCCUGGCACAAAAUGAUGCCAACUGGGUGGAUUAUGGACUCACUAUUAUCGACCUGCAGACCAAGUUGAGAACCCUUCUGGGAGUCAGCGUGACGCUGUUCCAAAACAACUGCAGUUAA